AUGAGCGCAAGAAGCGGAGCGAAACGACUCAUUAAGGAGCUUGAGAGCUGGCGCAAGGAGCGCAAGGACGAAAAGGGCGUGGAGAGGCUGGGUCCGAUCAAUGAGGACGAUUUAUUCGAGUGGGAGGCCGUCAUCAACGGGAGGGAGAUUGGGUCGGGCUACGAUGAGGGCCGCUGGCUCAUACACAUCCAAAUCCCCGCGCAGUAUCCCUUGCAGCCGCCCAAGAUGCGCUUCGUGACGACCAUUGUGCACCCCAACAUUGCGCUGCAGUCGGGUGAGAUCUGCCUCGACCUGCUCAAGGACAAGUGGACGCCGACGUACAGCGUGCUGCAGUGCGUGCGCGCCGUGCGCAUGCUGCUAAGCUAUCCCGAGACGGACAGCCCGCUCAACGUCGAUGUCGCGGCGCUGCUUAGAGGAGGCGAUGUUUUGGGGACGCGAAAGCUGGUGCAAUAUUGGUGCUCGGAGCCGGAGGGGAGAUAUGAUGGCCCAUAA